AUGACGGCGACGACAGCGACGCGACCGUCCGAUACAACCCCACCGCGGAGGACAGUCGUGACAUCCGGAGGAGGAGCACCACACCGCCUCACCCCAGCACCCGCCGGACUCCGUCAUAUAUGGGCGAAGUGGAAGCCGCCCUGGUCGAGUGCUUCGGGGAAAUCCCGGAAGGCCUUAUCGAUUGGGGGACACCGGCGACAACACGCCGUCAACCAUCUCGGCCGACGAGGACGAGACCAGCCGGGACAGCGGCAGGGCCCAUCUCUCCAGGUCGCCACCCCCGCGUUGGACCCCGCCCAGCGCCACUCACGUCGGGACUCCGUCCCUCCAAGGCUGGGCACCCUUCACCGCCGGCCGUGCCAGAUCCCCUCCGCCCUCCUACGAGGAAAUAUUUGGCCCUGGACCAUACCCCGGUCCUCACACCACCGCCCGAUGUGCCGCGGUGACCCCAGCCGCGAUCCUCGACCACGCCUGCCCACCAUUGCGGAGCUGGCCGCAGAGCAGGCGCGUCAAAGAGCGGAGGACCUCGGAGAACUCGGCAUCCCACCGGCUGUCCCGCCACCCGCGGAUGAUCCGCCACCACCAACCCCCACGCCGCCGAGCACGGCGCCGGAGCGCACCAUGGGCAGACAGCCCGACCAGUUCGUCCGACGAAUCAUCGCUGGACACCGACGAGGGAGCCCUCAACCCUCCCCGCUGGGUGCCUGCCCCGGCGGGAUGGACCACGCCGAACGGCACUUUGCCGGCCGCCCUACUCCACCGGAUCCAAGGCCGACUCGAGACUCCUCGACGACGGACGAUUCGAGUUCUGGAGGAGGAGGCGAAUCUACGCUUCCGCGUCCAAAUAAAUAG